AUGGCUGUCGCUGUCUCAGCUCGAUCUCACCAAGUCAGUAGCAGCCUUCCCGCUGAUUCAGCAGCUACUGCCUCGAAUGUGUCAACGUCACAAUCGUCCAAUCCCAGCCGUUCCUUACACGAUGCUGUAUCCUCAUUCGCGGAUCUUGUUCUCGGCGCUUCCAGCAAUCGCGCUGUACAAGAAGCACGGCCUGACGGACACUCCGCAUCUCAAGCCGGGAUUUCCGGACAAACCUUGGCUCGUGAAGUAGCUUCUCCCGAAGCUGACCUGUCAGCACAGCUGUCCGUCGCGGACCUGCUGACGUGUCUCUCGCGGAUUGAAGAGCGGUCCGAGCAGGUAAAGGCGGAGAUCAUACAGGAGGUGGAAGGCAGACACGAGGAGCUUCGGCAGCUGAUGUGGCACGCGUGCCAGGCUGGCGAUGACGUAGCGGUUCUGCUAGCUGAGGUGGAUGCCCUGGCUGCCAGCGUGUCACCAGCAGAAGCUACCGAAUCCGGACCUAGCGGAAAGGGGGGAGGAGGGAAUCAUGAUCCUGGCUCGGGACCAGCUUCGGUAACAGGCUCGGGGAUAGGUCUAGGCUCGGGAGCAGCACUAGGGUUUGUGGGGGAGGUGGUAAGGGCCACCAAUGAGGUGCGAGCGUUGAAUCAAGCAGCCAAUGAGAAAGCAGAGAUUCGGAAAGCAGUGGAGGAGAUUGUUCAUCUCCAAAGGAAGAAGGCAGAGAUGCAAGUGCUGCUGGGGAGAGGAAAGCUCCUGGAAGCUGCGACUCUUGCUCGGGCUCUUAAAGCCUCCUUCGUGGAGGGUGAUAAGGCUGAUAUGGGGAGGCCAAAGGAGGGGAGGGACGGGGAGGGAGAGGGGGGUAAGCAGGGCGAGGGAGAGGGGAAGGGCGGAGAGGAGGAGCAGGGGGAGGAGCCUGUGGUGGCGACUCUGCUGCGGCAGCAAGUGGACGCCAGCUGUAAGCAGCUGCAGCACACCCUGGAGCAGCAGCUGUGGCAGAUGCUGGUGAUCGACCCUUCCAGCCACUCCAUCCGUAUUGUCACAUCCGCUGCACUCACACCUGCCAUCACCAGUGCCUCUUCUGCUUCGUCUCCUGUUGUGCAUUUACCAGAGGUGCUUUCUGCACUAGAAGUGCUGACAUUGCCAGUGCUCCCACCACCAUCAGCACCAUCAACGUCAGCAGCAGCACCAACAGCAUCAGCACCAUCAGCCUCACUGCCAGUAGCAGCAGCGCCGCUAUGGUCCAGAAUAGCAGCAUCCAUCCAUUCAGCCAUCGUGCUGCCGCUGCUCUCCUCCCCAUCCGCCUCCCUCAUCGCCUCACCACCUGCUGAUGCCAGCCCUGCUUCCCCAAGGGACGCUGCCUCUCCCCCUGCUGUUGCUCUGAUCCAUGUGCAAUUCGAAACCUCCACUACACAACCAGCAACACAUGCGGCACCAACUGCAGCACAUUCAGAAUCUUCAGCAGCAGGAGCAGCAGGGGCUGCAGUACAAGAGCCAGUGACGCCAUUUCAUCUGUACCCUCUCCUCCUCGACCUCAUCCGCUUCCUCAGCCGCCACCUCGCCUGCAGUGGGGAUGGCAGCAGCACCAUCCGACUGCAGCGCCUAGCUGCUGCCCUGUGGCCGCGCAUGGCAGACAGCAUCAUCGAGAGGUGUUUGGCAUUGGCCGUGCCUCAGGAGACGAGGGAGCUGGCUCGCUUUCAGGAGGUGGUGGAGGUGACACGCGCGUUCGAAGCAGCCCUUCGAGCGGAAGGGUUCCUCGCGCCCCUUCCUAAAGCUUCUGCAGCACUCAAGGAUGUGAAGGCCCGGGCAGGGGGAGCAAAGAGAGCAGCAGCACCUGUGGGGGACAGGCUGAUGGCGUAUGCGGCAGACGUGGACGUGCACUUCGCAGAGAAGAAACGAGUGGCAGCUCUGGCGGCUGUGCGGCACCUGCUGCUCAAGGGAGACUUCUCAGCCUCACGGCUUGUGGUGACUCCUGUCAGUCCAGACGUGAGCAAUGUAUCGCUACAGCCAGCAGUGUUUGGUCAACAGCUGCUACAGCUGGUGGUGGGAGAGGCAGGCACUGCUGCUGCUGCUGAAGUAACGUCUGACUUGGACAACUCGGUAUUCUUCUGGGAGCCGUGCCACGUCAGCGAGCCAGUGUGCAAGAUACUCGAAAUCGUUCACAACACCAUGGAGGAAGCUUCCCAGUCCACGGAUCGUACGGCCAUGGAGCUCUAUCGGGCAGCACGAGACAUCUUCACCCUCUACCGUGCCCUGCCAUCCUCCGCUCCAGUGGACGUGGCACAGCUGGCAAUGAUAGCAGUGAACGAUCGCCUGCUUCUCAGCCACGUGUGCCUCUCCCUCGCGCUGCAGUACCGCGCGCGCCUGCCAGCUGGCGUGCGCCACGUGGCCACCUUUGCUGACGUGGCGCCGUUCCUGCGCCAGCUGGCGGAGGAGCAGAUGCAGCGCGUGUUGGAGAGGCACCACGGGUACCUGAUGGAAGCAUUGGACGGGGCGCAGGGGUUUAGGAACACGGAUGAGGAGGAGGUUUAUCGCUCUGCGCUGCGGGCUCUGAAGCAGGGGUUCAGGAACACGGAUGACGAGGAGGUUUAUCGCUGCGCAGUGCGGGAGCGACACGACACCACGCACAGGCGGUCCACCAUCUCGCCCGCCUCUCAUCUGUCUGGCGGCCAGUCUCACACCGCCCAUCUUCUACCUCCUUACACACGUCACACUAAUCCCUUCCCACCACUCACCCCCACCCACUCCCGGCACAUCCCCCUCCCCUCGCCCCUCUCUCCCUUUUCGCAGGUGGUCCACCAUCUCGCCCACCUCUCCUCUGUGUGGCGCCCAGUCUCACCGCCCUCGCGUUACCUCCGAGCCAUGAGUCGUCUCGUCUCUGCUGCACUCUCCCGCUGCUGCGCGCAUGUGCUCGCCCUGCCAGACAUCUCAGUGGAUGAGACCGAGCAG